CACGAAUUAAAAGUCGGGCACCCAACGGAAGUCACCCAACCAGUCUCGGCUGGAUUCUCACCGCGACUUCAAUUUCAAGACCGCGAUCGCUGAAAACCAAACACCACCAAACCAUCGACCGCGCAUCAACACCACCGCCGCCAUGUUGUUCGGAAUCAUGUUCGCCUGUUGGCGCUUCCUGCAGAUCGUCACCCUGAUCCCUAUCAUGGGCAUGCUCGCCUGGUUCGUCAACAUCCACCUCGAGGUCAACGUCAUGACGCCGACCCACAUCCUGGUCAUGUUCAUCGUCUCGGUGCUGGCGCUGGCGUGGGCCGUGUUCACGCUGUUCAGCUACCACCGGUCAUCGGCCAACGCCAAGUUCGUCGGUCUAAUCGACCUGGGCUUCGUCGGCGCCCUGAUCGCCGGCGUCUACUACCUGCGCUUCAUCGCCAGCGCCGACUGCGCCUCCAUCCAGCCCGGCUCCACCGUCGCCAUCGACCUCGGCAUCGUCGGCUCCGCCAGCUUCACCGGCUUCGACGUCUCCUUCAACAAGUCCUGCAGCAUGCUCAAGGCCUGCUUCGCCCUCGGCAUCAUGAACAUCGUCUUCUUCUUCGUCACCUCCAUCAUGGCCUGGAUCCAUGGCGACCAUGCCGUCAAGAGCGAGAAGCGCUAUGUCGAGACCAGGCGUCGCAGCCACAGCCGUGGCCAUAGCCAUAGCCGCCAUCGCAGCCACAGCGGUCAACGCCAUGGGAGCCGGAGGAGCUCGCACUCGCAUCACCGCGCCUAUGUUUGAGGGUUUGGUUGUGUGAGGUGGCUGGGGGGAGGAGGGAGGACGAUUGAAGAGUGGGCAAUGCAACGUGGUUUCCGGUUUCUUAUCUGUGUCUCUUGAUGGUGGGUAUAUAUCCUGGUGUGUUGGCCCGGCUUUGGGUUGUUGAUACGGCAUGGAAUGCAUAAAGGAGGGAGGAUUCGAUGAGGCUGUUGAUAGCCUGGUUACGACGUCAUGAUUCCUUGUUUGUCUGGGUAUAUUGA